AUGUACAUUUCCUGUACAUUUGCAUCCUGACAACUUUUAAUGCAUUUCUGCAUGUCACGAAAAACAAAACACUAAGGGACACAGAUUAAGACGACUACUCGACUAAAAAGCAUACUUAAUGGAGAAUCUCCAUUGAAAGUGCUUCCAAGACUAGGCUUAAUCUUUGUCCAGGAAACUGGCUCUUAAUGGAUAUUAUGGACAUUAUAGCCUACUUGACUGUAACCUGCUGUGUCUGUCAGGUUGAAUGACGAGGCGCGUCGUCUGUUUGAGGAGCUGGGUAGCACAGCCGUGAAGGAGCUCACCUUCAGAGACAGCUGGGUGUUUGUAGGAGCCAAGGGAAUCGAGAACAAGAGUCCAUUCGAACAGGUAGACUACCUUUACCGUAAGCCACAUUUAUACAGUGCACAACUCAAACAGUGAUCCUGCAUACUUCUAAUUGGGUGUGCGUGAGAUAAGGAGACAUGACCUCUGACACGUGAUGAAGCACCUGUACACUCACCAUUGUCUUCCUUGUUGCUUUGUCCAUAGUUAAUAUAUAUGGCUCUGUCACUGUGUUUGUUCUGUAAAGCAGGGGUUAUCAAACCUUUGGGUCCGGGGACCCUUUUUUUGUGUUUGCAAAUUGAUCAGGGACCCCCCCUCAUAAUCAGAACACAACUUGUUUACGAUAAAAGUAGAUUACAAGGAGUUUUACUAUGACGUCUGCAGUACAUGGCUGGACGAACCAAGUCUCGGGCCCGGGGAUAGAUAAUUUAAAAGGCAUCGGAGAGAACAUUUAGCAGUUUAAGCUAAUUUCCUGCAGUUCUUCACAUUUUGUCAUGGGGCAGAGUUUUUGUUGCCACUUUAAAGCUAAUAUCCUGCAAUUCUACACUGCCAUGAUACAGAGGGAACUUGGCAGAUUUAAAGCCUAAGUUACAGUGCAUUUGUUUUUUAACUUUUGCGCGACCCCUGCUGUAAAGCCUAUGCUGUAAAGCCUAAUGUUUAUGCCCUCCCUCUCCCCGUCUCCCUCCCCGUCUCCCUCUCCCCUAGCGGAUGAAGAACAGUAAGAGCAGUAACAAGUAUGAAGGCUGGCCUGAGUCUCUCGAAAUGGACGGCUGUAUCCCCCUCCGUGCCCCCUUAGAGAAUUAAACACUCUGCAGGGACAUGCAUCCCUCCCUUCCUCCACUCUUCUCCUAACGAGUGCACACUCAUCAUCAUGGAUUUAACAAUGGUGGAAAUGGAAAUUCCCUCCAGCCAAUGCUUAGGCCCUACACCGAUCCAAUGCUUUUAAUAACGGGGAGUGUGCAAGACAAGUGCACAUUUUGGGAGAAGGGUGGAGAGUUGGAAUGCAGACCGUUUCUAAGGACUUGCACCUUUUGCGACCCAAGGUCUCUCUGGUUCUAAGGUUAGCAGCACAUAUAUAUCUGGAGAAACGAUAGAAGCAUGGACUAUGACAGUUUGACUAGCUUCGAUUUCCAGGCUUCCUCACGUUCAUUCUGAUUAGCGAGACUUGGAAUGGACUGGGACCAGAAAUCUGCCCUGGCAUUUUACACCACAGACAAAAAAAAAAUCAUCCCACCCAAGGCCCCCCAUUAUUAGCCAAAUAACGAUCAUUUUGUGCAAAAACAACAAUUUAGACAGGCCCACUGGGCUUAAGAUGGACCAACCCAUCUGGCAUUUACCAGAACUGCCCUAUGGCCAGUCUGUCCCUGAUGAGACUUGGCAGUAUGGUAUUGGUAAUGUAAGACUACAGUUAAGUUGGAAGAAUAAUGCUCUGUUACAAUAUCAUGGAACUACAGGCUCCUACAAUACUUUUUCUCACUUUCUAGUUUUUGGUCCAGUAAUGUGCUGCAAAGGACAUCUCUCGAUUGAUUGAUUGGAAUCUCACUGACAAUGCUGGAGCUCAAUAGGCUAGCUUGACUGAUGGUUGAAGCAACCGUUUGGACUUGACAUUUGAACUUGACAUUUAUUUAAUUAUUUGAGGACUAAUAAUGUUGCUGAAAGAAUGAACAGGUGACCACAAAUAGAGGAAAGGGAUAUUUCAGAGACCAAAUGUUUGAUGACCAAAUGCACAGAAGUGGAAAAGGUUUUUAAAAAAUGAUCCAAUAAUUAGAUGGUGGAUAGAAAAAUGAAUAAAUGAAACAAGUAAUGUCUGUAAAACUCGGCAAAUGCACAGGAGGCCAGAGAACGCUGCCUAUCUGAAUGGACAUCACGAACAGAAUACAAUUAGGUGUAAUAGUAAGUAGAUCAUGAGCAAUAUGUUAUUGCUGGCGGUUCUAAGAUCUUGUUUUGUGCUAAAUGAAGAUUAAAAUGCAUUAAUAUACAUUUUGUAUCCAAGGUUGAAUAUAUAAAAUUGGCGAUUUCAAUUAAGUUGUGGCGGUCUGCUAUAAUUCUAUAAUGCCAUCUCCUUGUCAUGUCAAACAUUUGGCUUGACAAAGGGCAAGUGCAAUGGAGUUGCCAGGAGCACAAACAGAUCUGUUACCAGGCUAAAGUGCUAAUAAUCCACCUUUUCUUAUAGAUAACUUGCUGUGCAGCAAUCAUUGUUUGUUUGGCAAAUGUAUACAGUGUAUUUAUGAGUAAUCUUGUGUAUUUUACGUGGAAUAGAACUAGUUUAGAAUCCUAAAGAAACUUAUUUUUACACCUCGUAGGCUAUAUUCAUGAAUUGCACACGUGAUGACAUUAGUGCCUAAGAUAAACAUUAUCUUUUGAAAUUGUACUGUUAGGUAACAACACUUUUCCAUGUGUCUCAGGCUUGUCUUUACUUUGUUAUUUGGAUAUUGUGUAACUUUAUUUGCAUUUUCAUCAAAGACUGAUCAAAUCUAUCUGUGUGGAUAAAGUUAGAUAUUUAUCUCAAUUGUUUCCUUCUCUUUGAAUUUGAUAGUAAUAUAUACAUGAUUUGUCACAUUUAUAAUACACUGAAAACAAGCAUAGCAGAAUGUUUUAGGUUUUGGUCCAGAAAUAGAGAAAGUCCUAUGAGACCAUGUGUACUGUCGAAUUCUUACUAUUCAUUUGUGACUUAUACUAUUUUGUACAAAUAUUAAAAAUAC